AUGUUUGGCGGACCACCGGAGCAAGUGAGCGAAGCCGAGCUUCAGGAAGCCAACCGUGUUGCAAUUGGCAACGUUCAGAUAUUUGGUGCCGCAUGCGCAGCGCUAUGGUUCGCGCCUCAUGUUGUUGACUGGGCACGAAAUCUCUUCUAA